GGAGGAUGAGCGGGGCCGGUGCGGUGGAGGCGGCGAGGGGGGAGUCUCCACUGCCGGGCGGAAAGAAGCGGGAGCCGCUGGUGGCGGCGGGGCUCGCCCAGCCCAUUCUCAAGGAUGUUGGUGAAAUUCAUUCCCGACUGCUGGAUCACAGACCGGUGAUCCAAGGAGAAAUACGUUAUUUUGUUAAAGAAUUUGAAGAAAAACGUGGCCUCCGUGAACUGAGAGUUCUUGAAAGCCUCAAGAACAUGAUCUAUGAGACAAAUAACCAAAUUCUUCCGAAAUGUGAGCAGGUGAUGCAUGACGGUCUGAAUGAAGCUUUCAAGAGAUUGCAAGCAGCCAGCCAAAGGAUCCACAAACUCCAGGAGAGGGAGCAGGAAGAAAGAGAGGUUCAGACUGACAAGCUAAUGGCUGGUGAAAAGCAGCGCACGGCACUCUGGGAAGCAUUUCUGGAAGAACAGCAAAACAAACAAGCGGAAGUGAAUGAAGAGCACAGAAAAGCAAUGGAACGCCUUAAAGAGCAAUAUGUUGACAUGGAGAAGGACUUGGCUAAAUAUGUUUCUUUCUGAGAACUUUCCUUUUUCAAUAAUACCUUUUUUUGUUCCAAUACACUCGUGUUUCAGACUGUUCAAUAUUGAGGCUUUUUCAGAAAGCCUAUUCAAAAUGGCAAAAACCCCACAAUUCUCCUGUAUAACAAGUUUGGUUUGGGAAGUUUUACAUACCUCUAACUUUAAGUGCCUCUACAAGCUUUGUUUUUUCAGGAUGACUAGAGUGCCAGUAUUUCUUAGUUUGUGGGGCAGGUGGAACCACUAUAUCAGUUCAAGAAGUUGCAAACUGGAAUUCUUUGGCUUAUGAAGACAAAGUUGUCUUGUGGGGGAAGAAAGCCCAAUAGAGUCUUUACUCUGUCAGUCCAGAGCCAGAGCUCCAUCCCAAAAGAGCUAGGUACCAGUCAUAAAAGGCAGAGAAUGAACAAGCACAUAAAUUCCACUCACUAGCUUGAAAAAAAACAGCUGGUAUUGCAGAAUAGAGUGAGUGCAUUUUGAAAGUUCAGUGGUGAAAGACCAAAAUGUAUUAAGCUCGGCUGCAGUUAUGGUUGUAUUUUUUGGAUAUGUAUGUUGUAUGUUUUAUAAAGUAGUGGUUAAGCAUAAACUGCUCACUCAAUAGCAAACACACCUUAAGAGAUCUUGGGCUACAGUGACUCCUCUGUAUGACUGACUCACAACUCUUUAGCUUUUCAAUUCUGAGCAGCCAAAGAAGACAAAGGGUGACUUUCAAAAGUGCAUCAGUCCUUCCAUUUGUAUUUUAUUCAGUAAAAUGUUUAAGUAUUGGUCAUUCUGGUGGCACUCUCAGUAUUGUCUGCUUUGUUCAAACCUACUACCUAUAACCUGUUGUAAAAAACCUUACAACAGUUGGGGAGAGAUCUCAAUCUCUGUUUUUGUCAGUAGUGAAAGUGGUAUUAAAGGUGAAACAUUUACAGUAUUACUUUGUGUUCUUAUUAACGCGUAGUAUGGGACUUGUGCAGCUCCUGUCAUUACUGUUCCUUUUACCUUAUUUGAAAUUGACAUUGAAUAGCAAUAUCAUUUAAAGAACGUAAAGCUUAAUUAUCCUUUUGUAAACCAUGUAAGAUGAAAUGCAAUAACAUUGAUGAAACUUGAUGCAAACUAACUUGAGGUACAGGAAAUUUUCUCAAAUAUUUUAACUACUAUGCAAUAUAAAAUAGAAACUGGUAAAAAAAAAACAGUCUUUGCUCAUUAUCUGUGUUGCAAAUGCAAUAUGCUGACAAUGGUUGCUUGUGUACGUUCAUGGCUUGGUGUCAAACGUCCGUUUCUGGCAGCAUGUUGAUAAUGUGAUUAAAGUUAGCAGAGGAGAUGGAA